CGGCGACCCAGAAUAUCUACUCGGCGGCGCAGUGCGCGGCGGACCUGUCGCCGCUGCAGUGCCGAAGCUGCCUCCAAGGCCUCCUGGGCAGGUGGUGGACCACGUUCCCGCAGAGCGGGCAGAGCGCCAGGAUUGCUGGUCCGCGGUGCACCCUACGGUCCCAGCUGACCCCCUUCUACAAUGGCAGCGCCAUGGUCCUGUUGCCCACGACGGCACCAACGGCUGCAACCAGAGGUUUUUUUGGGCCAGCAGAUUCAAGAAACACCAGGCGCUUCCAAUGCAAUCACGACACCCUCGAGUGGAACCACAGAAACGAUAAAUGGUCAACAAGGCGAUUUAAAAGUGUAUGUUCCUAGGAAAUUCUCUUAUAUUGAAUUGGCACAAGCAACAGCUAAUUUCAAUGAGGAGAGAAAGCUUGGACAGGGUGCUUUUGGUGUUGUCUAUGACGGCAGACUUGAAGGCAUAGAUGGGUCUGUGGCGAUAAAAGAGAUCCUAGAAACGUUCUCAGAACAAACGAAAAAGGCUUUUGAUGUUGAAGUUCAAAUUAUGAGCCAGCUGCAUCAUCGGAACAUUUUAAGUCUAAAGGGUUGGUGUAAGGAAGACCAACACCUACUGCUUAUCUACGAAAAAGUGGAGAACGGUAACCUGGAGGACCAUCUUUACCCUAAGAAUGGCGCCAUGGAUAGUGGAGUUUAUACUGAAAGAGAGAAUGGUACAUGUCUGUCUUCACACCUAAGUUGGCUGACAAGGUGCAACAUAAUAAUUGGUAUAGCCUCUGGUCUAGCAUACCUCCAUAAGGAAUGCCAGGCUACUGUCGUGCAUAGGGAUCUCAAGCCAGCUAAUGUAAUGCUGGACAAGAACUGGAAUGCUAAACUGGCAGACUUUGGGCUGGUGACACAACUCAGGCGUACCCAAACCUCGCGCCCUACGGACAAUGUCAUCGGGACACUAUCAUAUAUGGACCCAGCAUACAUGAACACCGGCAAAGUAUCCGAGCACUGUGAUGUCUACAGCUUCGGCGUGGUAUUGCUUGAGAUUGUCUGUGGUAAAAGACCAUCCAUCAUGCAAGGCAGUGAUAACACUAGAAAGAACAGCCUCAUCGAGAUGGUCCGUGAAUGUCAAGGGAGGAAUAGAAUUAUCGAUGCAGCUGACAAAGGGCUCAGGGGGCAGUACGACAAUAAGAUCAAAGAUGUGUUACGGCUCGGUCUCGAGUGCGUCCACUCAGAUCGUCGUGAUCGUCCACAUGCCGUAAGAGUGAGGGAUCGCUUAAAUGAUCUGGUGCCGAAUGGGAAGGGAUUAGCUGCCUCGACCUCUCAGAGUGAAGGGGAGUUUGGUACGUGCAGGAUCACGUUCCCUACGCAUUCACUGGCCGACGAAGAAGCUGGCGUUUCACCCCUUCUUUCUAGGUGAGAAGAAACUGAAGAAGAUGUUAACCUCAAGGCUGUGCCCUGCAGGAAUGCAGAUAUGACGGCCACAGAAGCUACUUCUCUCCAUCUACCCGGCCACCGCCUACAAAUGUAUCUCGAUCUCUCUUUGUUUAGUCGUCUGUUUAGCAGUAUCUCUCCAUUCAACAACAUUUGGCUUUACAAUAUAGAAAAUUGUAAGCAUAUAUGUUACUCUGUGGAAAUGAUUUGGAAUUGUAGUUUCUAAACUUCUCACUUUAAAAUUUAAGCCAUGAAGGGAAAUGUUCUUCAAUAGCGA